AUGGUGAUACCAAAGUUUCUCCUAAGAGCGUCAUUCCGAUCUAUUGCUUCUCUUGUUCAAAGGCGUGUCCCUAUUACCUGCCGCGGUGGGCUGAUAUUAAUAGGCAAACCUAUCGGUCACGAAGAAAUUUUUCAGUAUAACAAUGGGCACUUUCUCGUUGACGAAGAGUAUCAGUAUGCGAAACGCUAUAUUCGAUUCAAUAUUGAUAAACUCUGCAAUCUUGUCACGUCAGUUGUUGGAAAUGGUAUCUCAUCAGUUUCCAAGGUUGAUAAGAUGGAAGGGGGGUUCCAUAAGGCUCUCUUAAUGACGCUUGAGAAUGGCACUGAAAUUGUAGCCAAGAUACCCUGCCCUCAUGCGGGAUUGCCGAUGUAUUCAACUGCAUCAGAAGCUGCCGUGUUAGAAUUUGCCUUUAUAGUCCGAACCCAUACAACUAUUCCGGUUCCAAAAGUUUUGGCAUGGAGCUCGGACCCCAAAAAUCCAGUCGGCGCAGAAUAUAUCAUAAUGGAAAAGGCCAAAGGGGUUCAGCUACAUACUGUUUGGGGUGAUUUAUCCCAAUCCGGCCGCCUAAGAGUUAUAGAGAGCCUUGUUCUGAUGGAGAAACAACUACUAUCCUUCCAAUUUCCCGCAUAUGGCAAUUUAUAUUUUCGUCAUUCCAUUCCAGAACCAUCUUGUGUAUUUCUACACAAUGAUAUUGACCCUGCUGGUUUAUAUUGUGUGGGGCCAGCGGCUGAUAGUGCGUGGUCAAAUGAUAAUGUACUCAAAAAAGGAAUCGAAUCAUCCGAAUUCGAUAGCGGACCUUGGGUGAAUCUGAAGUGUUUCGGGGAAGCUCUUAUUAAGCGCAGCUUACUUAAGGGGUUUCCAUCCAACGCAAGAAAACUUUCUGCAUGCCAACCUAUUAACUACGGUAGUUCGUCUUCCCAUAAGAAAGUGCUGGGGUCCGCAAUGGCACUUGUACCUCCAAUCUCAAGCCAUCCGAUCCUAGUAGCGAACUCUUCACCUACAUUACUGCACACAGAUCUACAUAUGGGAAAUAUAUUUGUAACAGAAGACGGGCCGAUAGAAGUCACCAGUAUCAUUGAUUGGCACUCCAUUACCAUCGCGCCAAAGUUCAUACAAGCACGAUGGCCUAUCGUAGUGGAGCCUUUAGAUGGUUAUACCCGUGGCAUAACCCCUCCCGAGCCACUACCUGACCUCGAGCAACUAGACUCAGAAGAAAAGAAAAUAGCAAUAUUCACUCACGAGCAGAACUACCUUGCUAAGGCUUAUGAAGUUUGCACGGCUCGCCAUAGUCUUCAUUUACACAACGCGCUAGAGGUUCCACAAAUUCUAAAGGAGAUAUACAUUCGUGGCGGGGAAACCAUAACGGACGGGAUAUUUCCACUUCGUUCCUGUCUGGUUGACUUAUUCCAUUAUUGGCAAGAUUUGGGCUUUUUAGAGCCCUUUCCGAUAAAAUUCACCGAAGACGAGCUCUCACAUUAUAAUAAAGAACUUCCUUUAUAUGAGGAGUGGUACACUCUAAAAGAAAUCGUUAAAAAAGCCUUGAACACUGACUCAGAGGGUUGGAUAUACCCGGAACUCGACUGGGAGGAAAAGAAACGUCUUAAUGAAGAACUUUAUCAGCUAUAUUUAAACAAUGCAUUGGCUGCAGAUAGAACGAUGGAAGAAACCAGAGCAAUGUGGCCAUUUCCUAUCGAGUGA